AUGAGCGCCUAUUUUUCACACUUGAACGCAUCCGCGACUUCUGGCUCUAGAAAACUGGCGUUUGAUAAGUACCGGCGACAUCGCGACCUGGCCACCCGAUUUUUCGACUCCAUGUCUAUGAGCCCGCGCGGGGUGCAUGGAGAAGCCAUCGUCUGCGGCGUGCAUCUGGCCCUGCUGGAAGCUCUCGCGAACAACAUGCAAAGCUGUCAAUCGUAUCUCAGGGGCGUGUCGGGAUUUCUUGCGAAAGAGGAGUCCUUCCUUGCACCUACACUGGAGUUUCUACGUCUCAACCAGCCCAACGGAAAUUUGAAAGACUUUUGUAUCAAUUACGAAACAUCUUUGGAUCCAUACAAUGCUACUCCUUCGCCUCUACCCUCGAGUAUGGAGAGUACCGCAGCCGUGUUCUUCACAGCGACAUUUGUUUGGAACGACAUUUUAUGCGCCGCCGCAGAGAUUCGAAUACCCGACGCAGAAGCAAAGUACCGACUUUUACUUGCCGAAGACGCUUUUUCUUCAGUGCUCAGAGAAGUCACAGGCUGCGCAAGCGCUAUCAAUUAUCCGACGGUACUCUCAGCGUCCGAGAUCUUGUCCACAGAUCUUGCAAGAUUGAAGCAGCCCUAG